AUGGCAAUUUUUCUUACAGGUCACCAUGCCGGUGACGAGACUUUCGUCACCCGCACAUAUCUUCCAGACGACCUUUGGUUCAUCGAUUCUGUGCUUUUCCGGAACAUAUACAUGGCCGGACAUAAGAUUCAGAGGCAGGGUGACUAUCUAGAAGCCCUGUACGCCUUCUAUAUCGGCCACUGGGUGUCUAUUCCUACGCUUAUCUGGAGUGUGAUGAGGAAGCUCUACGAUGAGUACGGAAAUGAAGUGAAAGUUGGCGAAGUGGCUUUUGCCACUGUGUAUAACAUAUUGAGUAAUCUUCUAUUAUCGAGUGAUUUUAUGAGCUUUGAGAAGGAGAUUGUGGAUGGAGGGAUGAAGGCUCUUUUGGACAAAUAUGUUGAGGUGAUUGGAGCUCUAAAUGUAUCCGACUUGUAUCCAAUUUUAGGUGCAUUAGAUCUUCAGGGUAUAAACAAGAAGACAAUGGAAGUGUUUAUGAGCAUCUGUGCCAUGUGGGAGCCCAUUAUCAAAGACAAAAGACAAGGAAGUAGAGGCAAUGCUUCAAGCCAAACGGACUUCUUGGGCGCCCUCAUUGACAUUUCUUGCACCGAUGAACAAAUCAAUUAUCUGCUCCUGGAGAUAUUCGCUUCUAGUGCCAAUACGAUUGAGUGGGCGAUGGCAGAACUGAUAGAAAGUACAGAAUCCAUGAAGGAAGUCCGCGAACAAAUGACGAGAGAAAUCAAACAAGAUGAAGAAGAAUCUGCCCUGCCCUACGUACCCUUGGCAGCAAAGUUUGUUCCUUUCGUACUUGCUCCAUUGAUUCAUAAUUUUGAUUGGUCACUUCCACAUGGAAAUGAUCCCGAUGAGCUAGACAUGAACGAGAAGGCUUCUAUAACAUUGAUGAAGGAAAUACCCUUGGUCCUCAUUCCCACACUUAAGAAGAAAUAA